GACGAUUAGAGAGUAGUUAUAACUUGCCGGGCAUGAAAACGAGGAUCAACCUAAUCAAGUAUUUACGCUAACCACACGAAUUUUCGCCUGUCUUGUUUAGUGAUUUGACAUAUUGGAUUCAGCAUCGAUGGCGAAUUUAAAAGUGAUCGACGUUGAAAAGACUGUUGAGGAAUACCGUAAAGAUAAUAACCUAUCAGGAAACGCCAACCUGAGAAAUAUCAAAAUAAAACUAGAUGACGUCACAUGGUGGGGGUUUUCUUCCGAUCCGAGCAAUGUAAAGAACGAGAACAAACAAGCAUCCACAGCAGAAGAUAAAUCUAGAAUGGUGGCUCUAAGAUGCAAAAACAAAAGCGGCUGGAUCCUAAACAUUACCGAGGGUCCAUUAAUUAAAGGUCUGAAUACCAUCAUACAGUUACCUUUGAAUGAAGAGGAGGUCCCUCCCGAUGUCUUUAAAGCCUUUGGGCAGUCAGUUUACAUAGACCCUGCCUUGAGUGUCUUAGACAAGACACAAGAAGACAGUCUUGACAUGACCAGCACCCGCUCCACUAAAGGCGCCACAGCAGGGGCUAGUGCUAUGGUCAGCACCAAGAACACCCACUACAGAGGAUAUUUCGCUGCAGUUAUCCUUAUUUCCGGUAGACUUGGUGGUGAAAUGGACGUCGCCAUUAACGAUGUCUUCGAGAUGGUUCUAGGGGACCAGGUAGAUCAUCAACGUCGGGCGCUGUCUGACCCACCCCCAGGGACAAGGUAUACGGAAUCCUCCAGGGGUCUCUCGGAGGCUGUGAAGAUCCCCGUCAAGGGAUAUGUAGAUUUUUAUGUUUCUUCUGAAGCAAAAAUUGAAUGGAAAAGUUAAAAAUUAAUGUUCUGUUCAUAUUCAUAUUUAAAAAAAAAUUAUAUUCAUAUUCCUGAUACUGGAAUAUUCAUUAAAAUGUGAUUAAUUUUCAAAUUUGACUGUAAAAUUACAAUGCUUUUCGUGAUAUUUCGCCAACUCUUUUCAACAUUCAAAUAUAAAAAAAAAUAUUUUAUUGUAA